CAUCGGCAAGGCUACCAAAGAAAUCAAGAUUAAGGACAUGGAUGCUCUACAAAAAUGGAAUGGUUCACUGCUGAAAAUAAAUAUCACAUGCCGGGAGAAGAAAAGCAUCGAACAUCAUUGUAUUUUUAUAAAAUUGCAAUCUUUAAUACCAUUGGACUCGGAAGAAGCGCCGUCACCCAGCACCAGUCCCACAAUUUCACCAGCGUCAGUGACAAAAGUUAGCCGGUUUUCAACAUUGCACACUUUUUACAUUUCAUCCAUUACUCCAACAAAUAUGCCUCUUAAAUUUACCACUCCACAACUAACAGGCAACGAAGGUGUGAAAAAAAAAUCGAAAGCAGAUGAUAAUACGCCAGCCAUUGUCGCAGGGAUAGUCGUCCUUGUAGUAGUUGCGAUCGUUGUGUUAAGCAUUUUUGUUUAUAGAAGGCGAAAGAAGAGAUCCCAAAGUACACCAAGAAAUUCAGAUACGGGUGUCCUCCAUUUUUCCAAAGCGAUUUACGAAGAGCCAGAUAGGAGUUACGCCACAAUAAAUGAAGCAGCGCUUAGUAAAACAGGAGAGACCGCUGACACCUACAGCUAUCCAGAUAGUGCAAGCAUCUCCAAUCCUGUACCCGACAAACAACAUCAUACCUACGAACGACUUGACGCCAACUUGGAAUACACCUAUGCAAAAUGCGAUGAUUUACCAGCAAGUAAGAACAGUCCAUCAACUAGCAGUCAGGCUCCAAGUGCUCCACCGUAUGAAGAAUUAUGGAGAUCAUCAGAUAAUAAUCUCCCCAAAAUACCAAGAAAUGUUGAAGAUAUCACAUUCAAUGAACACGAAGAAUCUCAACAACCACAGUCUAAGCCAGUGUAUGAAGUAUUGACAAAUGAUUCUUCAAGCAAUAUACCUUAUGAAACACCUGGCACUGUUGUUAAUGCAGCAUCGGCGACUAAAACUGGGCCAGUAUACGAAGUUUUGGAGGAUGGACCGUCGAGAAACAGUCACUAUGAAAUGCCUGGUGCAACAAUUCAAGAAGAAAACAAGUCAAUGGAAGAGAAGGCACCAGAAAUAGAAUAA